AUGUCCUUUGUCCCACACGCGCACAUGGGAUCUCUGAUCCGUCUCUUCGAUGAGAUGGACAACUACACACGCGACUCAAUCGGCAGGCGAUCUCUCCAGACAGGGGAUCCGCUGCGAAUUCAACCUCGCUUCGACGUUUGUGAGCGACAAGACUCGUAUGACUUGUACGGGGAGCUCCCAGGACUGGAAAAAGAAGACCUCCAUCUCGAGUUCACCGAUCCCAAGACCCUUCUGCUCAGUGGUCACAUUGAGCGCUCCUAUACCACGGGAACCCCGACGGAAGGCUUUACGGCAGUAGAAAAGCCGCCGGAGAAGGCAGAGCAGAAGACAACGGGAAAGCCAGUGGGAAGGUCAUCCCAGGAACAGCCCACACCAGAGAGCGGGAAGGGUGCAAGUGGUGAGAGCGCCGAGACCGGCAAGCAGGUGGCGCCGGCGAAGGAAAUGGGCCCCAAGUAUUGGGUUGCCGAGAGGAGCAUCGGGGAGUUUUCCCGCGCAUUCAACUUUGCCCAUCGUGUCAGCCCGGAUGGGGUGACUGCGGAGCUCAAGAGUGGUGUCCUGUCGGUGCACGUUCCAAAGGCUAGCGAUGCUGUUAUCCACACAGUACAAGUAAGUUGA